CAGUCAUCAAUAAUUUAACCUCAAAUUUUAUGGUGUACGUUAAUGUUUUCGCAAGUACAAUACAGAAGUAAAGUUUGGCUUACCUGACAUGUUUAGAACCCCUUGACUUAUAGAAAUCUACUGCAGAUGGUUCACGAGAGUUUCGACGUUUUAUCGCAGUGGCGCUGGAGUUGGUCGCGAUUUUGCGGAGAUGAAGAAUUCAAAAUUUGGUCGCCGCAGUGGCACGAUUUGAAUCUAUGUUUCCAAGAAGUGUGUCUGCAAAUUCCAAUUUUAGCGGUAGCGGGCUGCGGCUCUGCCUAUUAUUUUGGACGACGAUAUGGAGUGGUUUCGAGGGGACAGUUGUCUCUCAUUGCCCUCAAAAUCCGUUUCAUUAUUUCGUUUUUACUUGCGUUCCUUCCGAUUGUACAAAUCUAUAUAUUCUUGAACAAAACCGAAGAAGUCAUUCCUCAGGUGGCCUACCUGCUAAGCGGGGUUCAAUGUUUAUCGUGGUUCACCCAUUGCGCCUACAUUGGCGGGUUGACGAAAAAAUUGGGAAGAAAUCCGAGAGGACCCACGUUCAUGAUUGUGGUUUGGUCGAUGCUGUUCGCUCUAUCUGUGAUUUCACUAAAGAGUCAUUACACUAUUUAUAAGUAUUCAUCGAACCUGACGUACAGUAUUUAUUUGGCCUACGGGAUGAGCGUUUGCUAUCUCGUACUGCAACUGGCGUAUGGACUGACAUUAAUCCCUGGUGAUGGCGAUUCUACCUAUGCUGAUGUCACGACGGCAAUCGGGCCCGUUAACGAGAGCCAGCCGUUGCUCAGCAAUGUUUACGUGCGUUUCAUGGAGGAAGAUGAUCCUUUCUAUUUGGGGGUUGCGAUGGAAAAUGUCGGAUGGUUUUCCAGACUGUUUUUCCUGUGGGUCACCCCUUUGAUGCAAAAGGGAGUUAACGAUAAGCUGACGAGUUCGGACGAUUUGUACGAUCUCCCUGUUGACUUGAGUUGCGCGGUGGUCGGGUGGGAACUGGACAAUGCGGUACGAAAUGUGAAGCUGCAAAGCGCACUACAUAGUUCUGAUCGCGCUACUUCUACUUCUACGGACGACUCUCCCGCCGUCAAUAUGGUAAAACGCGACUUUAUGUUAUUAAAAGCGCUGCACCGUUGCUUCUGGUUGGAGUUCUACAGCGUCGGCAUCCUUAAAUUCUUCGCGGAUUGCGCUGGCUUCGCGGGACCGAUGCUUUUAAACAGAUUGAUAAAUUUUAUUGAGGAUAAGUCCGAAGAUAUGAAAUGGGGUUAUGUUUAUGCGAGUGGUUUGAUGGCUACCACCAUGAUAAGCGCCCUUUGUGAUUGCCACUUCAACUUUUUGAUAUCGAUGGUAGGACUGCGGAUGAGGGCCGCUUUGGUUUCCAUAAUUUAUAAGAAAACGCUCAGCACGAAUGCCGCCGACUUGAAUUCCGAAUUUUCGAUCGGGGAAAUUGUUAAUUUCAUGUCGACCGAUACGGACCGGAUAGUAAAUUCCUGCCCUAGUUUCCACUCCCUGUGGAGCAUUCCUUUCCAGCUUGCGGUGACGUUGUACUUGUUAUACAGCCAAGUGGGAAUGGCAUUUUUUGCUGGUGUGUUGUUUACCGUAAUACUGAUUCCGGUCAAUAAAGUAAUAGCCAAUAAAAUUGGGACACUCAGUACGAAAUUAAUGGAACAAAAGGACCACAGGGUGAAACUGAUCACGGAAGUUUUACGAGGCAUUAAGGCUAUCAAGUUUUACGUGUGGGAGGAAUACUUUGUGCGGCAAAUUGCAAAACUAAGAACGGAAGAAAUAAAGUACCUCAAAGGGCGUAAAUACCUAGACGCGCUCUGCGUUUAUUUUUGGGCAACCACACCGGUCAUCAUCUCAAUUCUAACGUUUGGAACUUACGUGUUGAUGGGCAAGACACUAACGGCGGCUACUGUCUUUACAUCUAUCGCCCUUCUCAACAUGCUCAUAAGUCCCUUAAAUGCGUUUCCGUGGGUGCUCAACGGUAUGACCGAGGCAUGGGUCUCUGUAGUGAGGAUCGAAAAAUUCCUCAAGUUGCCGGAUCUUGACUUGAAAAAGUAUUACCGGCCGCUGGAAGACAACGACCGCGACGUUUGUAUCAAAGAUGGCGAAUUUUCGUGGAAUAAAGAGCUGAGCACAGAGGAAACCGUUAAAGGUAAAGGAGUCAGUAAGAAUUCUGCACAGAUUGACAAUUUCAAAAACUCGCCCAUGGAGCGAUACCAGUUUCAGUUGAAGCAUAUUAAUCUGACCGUAAAUAAGGGAGAAUUUCUGGGUAUUAUAGGUCCGGUCGGGAGCGGAAAAUCGACCCUUUUGUCCGCCAUACUGGCGGAUAUUUCCAUGCUUUCGGGACAAAUAUCAAUUAGCCAGAUGGAAACAGGGUUUGCGUACGUGAGUCAACAGUCCUGGCUGCAACGUGGUACGAUUAAAGAUAACAUCCUGUUCGGCAAACUUUAUAACGAAGAAAGAUACCGCGACACACUUUUUGCCUGCGGCCUGGUGGAAGAUGUUACCAAUCUCCCAGCCGGUGACAUGACGGGGGUAGGGGAAAGUGGUACCACCUUAUCGGGAGGGCAAAAAACCCGAAUCGCUUUGGCUAGGGCCGUUUAUCAAAACAAGUCGGUUUAUUUGUUGGACGACGUGCUGUCAGCAGUGGACUCGAAAGUUGCCAAGCACAUCUUCCAACAUUGCGUCAUGGGCAUGCUCAAGGACAAAACUAGGAUCUUAUGCACACACCAUAUGCAAUAUCUGGUACACGCCGAUAGGAUUGUUCUUAUAGAGGGAGGAUUUAUAAAAAAGAUAGGCAAACCUGUUGAUGUGUUAAACGAACUCGACGUCAGUAUUGCGGUUGAUGCAGAACUGGGAAACGACGUCGAUCAGUCUUUGUUGGCGAAUCGGUUCCCCAAAACAACCACCACUGGUGAUACUUUGGAAGGGACGGAUGAAGACAGCGUCUUAGCUCUCGAAACCAGGGAAACCGGUAAUCUAGAUCUCGGCGUGUAUUAUUCCUACUGGAAAGAAAUAAGUCAUCUGCUGAGUUUAUCUAUAUUGUUGUCGGUUGUUUUGAUGCAAACCUCACGGAACGUAACCGAUUGGUGGUUGGCUCAUUGGGUAACAAACGCGGAGUCGAACUCAAACAGUACCAACAACUCGCAAGGUUACGACGUGAAUUCUUAUUUAAAGGUCUAUGUCGGUUUCGCGGUUGUAAACACUUUGUUUACCCUGUUAAGAGCCUUCCUUUUCGCUUACGGUGGAAUCGUGGCAGCCGCGAAGUUUCACAGACUCCUUCUGAGGUCUAUGAUUAGGGCCAAAGCGAUGUUUUUCGACGUUACUCCCUUGGGAAGGAUACUGAACAGGUUUUCCAGCGAUACUUACACGGUGGACGAUUCGUUACCUUUCAUACUGAAUAUUUUACUGGCACAGACGUUCGGUCUUUUAGGAUCGAUCGUAAUCACCGUCUAUGGACUUCCGUGGAUUUGCCUUUUCUUGGUGCCGCUAGUGCCGAUCUACCAGUGGCUGCAAAACUAUUACCGAUUGACGUCCAGAGAAUUAAAGAGGAUCACCAGCGUAACCUUAUCGCCCGUAUACAGUCACUUUAACGAAACCCUGCAAGGUUUGCCGACGAUAAACGCGAUGAGGGCCGGUCAGAGGUUCGAACGCGAAAAUAAAGAUUUUGUGGAUUUCAACAUAAAAGCUCAGUUCGCGAGCCAGGCUGCCUCUCGUUGGCUGGGACUGAGAUUGCAAUUUAUCGGCGUGGUCAUCGUCACCGGCGUCAGUUUCAUAGCGGUGAUUCAACAUCAGUACGAUAUAGCCGAUCCAGGUCUAAUAGGUUUAGCUAUAUCGUAUGCUCUGACGAUAACUGGUCUUUUAAGUGGAGUGGUGAGCGCGUUCACUGAAACAGAACGCGAGAUGAUCGCCGUCGAACGCAUCAAUCAGUAUAUUAACGAAAUUCCUCUGGAAAGCACGUACUUUGCCAUCGAUCCACCAUACGGCUGGCCCAAUCAGGGUGUUGUCGGGUUCAACAACGUCGUUCUCAAGUAUAGGCAAAAACUGGCACCUUCAUUGCUAGGAGUGACGUUCGAGACCAGACCCUGCGAAAAAGUGGGUAUUGUGGGUAGAACCGGAUCUGGUAAAAGUACCCUGGUAGCCGCCUUAUUCCGUAUGGCAGAAAUUACAUCGGGAGAGAUCAGUAUCGACUCUGUCAACAUCAAUUCGAUUUCAAUAACGGCACUGAGGUCUCGGAUGUUUUGCAUUCCUCAAGACCCUUUUCUAUUUAGUGGGUCCAUCCGCGAAAAUCUGGAUCCCCUGGGGGAAUUUAAGGACGACGAGAUAUGGAGAGCCCUGUAUAAAGUGAAUCUGGAAGCAUCGAUCAAAAACCUGGGCGGCCUACAUAACAAAAUCGAUGGGGGCGGAAUCAAUUUUUCAGUCGGGCAGCGGCAGCUCGUUUGCCUAGCCAGAGCCGUACUGCACAACGCGAAAAUAUUAUGCAUUGACGAAGCUACGGCGAACGUGGACCGAGAGACCGACAUGCAAAUUCAACGAACAUUAAGGUUGGCCUUUAGGAAAAGCACCGUUAUCACUAUCGCGCACAGGGUGCAAACUAUCCUGGACUCCGAUCGGGUGCUCGUGAUGAGGGGCGGUUCCGUGGUAGAAUUCGACACUCCGGAUACCCUCAUGUCGGACUCUUCGUCACACUUUUACAGCUUGGUCAACCAAGACGUCAUAUGCACACUCAAGACUGUAGUUUUGUAGACAUGAUUGUGAUUUAUGGAACAACUUCUUCUGAAGUUCGCAGAAGAUCUAGAAAGUUAGAGAAAAAGGGUACCAUUUAGAAUGGAAUGACCAGAAAACAACUAACCCCAUUUACAACAGCAAUAUCUACCUAACAAUACCCACUUUGUUUUCCAACGUUUGCCACAUCAUGUAGCUUCCAACAGGGAAGCGAUCCCCGCAUAUGGAUGCUCUUCUAAAGUUAUUAGUCUUCCUGGCAGCAGUUUAAUUUCAUCUUUUGGAAAAUUAACAAAUAAAAUGGCUGAGAAAAAACCAAAAGGUACUAAAGUUACUAAAUAGUUAU